AUGGAGAUUUCUAUUAUUGCUUCGUCCUCAAUCGAUGGCGGAAUCGGAAGUUGGGAUCUCGAAACCGGGACAGAGCAGCUUCGGUUCAAGCCGUGUGCAUCUCCCGCGCACGGUCUCACCGCCGUCGGAGAAAAGUUCCUCGCCGCCUCUCAGCUCCGUAACGGAUCCGCUUCCUCUGGCUCGAUUUUCUUCUGGUCUUGGAAUAAGCCUCAAGUUGAAGUGAGGAGCUUCCCAGUGGAAUCAAUAAAAGCUCUUGCAGCAAACAGUGAAGGAUCUUACAUAGUUGGUGGUGGAACCUCUGGAGAUAUAUAUCUUUGGGAGGUUGAGACUGGGAAGCUUCUGAAGAAGUGGCACGGUCACUACCGUUCUGUAACAUGCUUGGUGUUCUCUGGAGACGACUCCUUGUUGGUUUCAGGAUCUCAAGAUGGAUCCGUUAGAGUCUGGUCUCUUAUAAGGCUAUUUGAUGAUUUUCAGAGGCAGCAAGGAGGCACUCUCUAUGAACACAAUUUUAGUGAGCACACAAUGCCUGUCACUGACAUUGUCAUAGACUAUGGAGGCUGCAAUGCACUGAUAGUUUCUGCUUCUGAAGAUCGGACCUGCAAGGUUUGGAGCCUGUCAAAGGGGAAAUUGUUGAGAAAUAUCAUCUUUCCUUCAGCGAUCAAUGCACUUUCAUUGGAUCCUGGUGGGUCUGUGUUCUAUGCUGGUAGCACAGAUAGCAAAAUCUAUAUCGGCGCCAUUAAUUCCACAAGUGACUAUGGGACACAAGUUCUUGGUUCAGUAUCCGAAAGGUACUUCCCCAAAGCUGUUACUUGCUUAGCAUAUUGCGCAGACGGAAACCUUUUGAUAUCUGGAUCAGAAGAUGGUGCGAUCUGUGUUUGGGAUCCCAAAUCACGUCGCCCUGUUCGUACUUUCAGCCAUGGAAAAGGAAGCCCUGUGAACAAUAUUCAAGUUGUCAGAAAAACGAUUGUUGGUAGUUCCAACAAGGCACAAUCUUCCUGGAAAAGACAAGGGUCGUCAUUACCUCCGCCUUUGGAUAAAUAUGAAAGACCAGGAGAAGAUACAAUGGAUGGUAUAGUGAUUGUUGAUCCGCCGCCGUUUUCGGAUGUUCCUGUUUACUCUUCUUUCCUCAGUGCUGACCUUAUCAACGAGCAAGUUAGAGAACUUCAGCAACAAGGCUCUGCAGCAACGGAGAUUGAAAUGGAAAGAUUGAAACUUGAAUACAAAAAGUCUUUACAGAUGAAUGAUCAGUGGCAGAAGAAUUAUGAGAAUUUGCUCCAGGUGGUUGUGGAAGAACAACAAAACGGUGGUUCUAAUUGA